AAACAUCGUCAAGGUUUAUAGGGUUUGGUUCUACUAGUUCAAAUAAGCAAGAUGAUAAUGUUCCCUCAUCAGAUGCAGAUUUUGCUCGUCAAAAGUUUGGUAAUCAAAAAUCCAUCUCAUCCGAUCAAUAUUUCGGUCGUAAUCAGUAUGAUCCCGAUGAACUGUCAGCUUCAUCUGAAAGAUUGAAACAAUUUGAGGGUGCUAGUUCAAUAUCUUCAAAUCAAUAUUUUGGCAGAGAUGAACAAAUUUCGCGGCGGGAAAGUUUAGACUUAGGUGCUAUAGAGUUGAAUGCGCGGGACUUUGCUCGUAAAUUUAUUGGACAAGCUUCAUCCGAUUAUGAAGCUAUUAAAACGGUAGUUGAACGGGGUAGCGAAAAAUUAAAGGAUUAUAUUUCGGAUAUUCAA